GAAGAAGAGUGUAAGAAAUUGCAGAUUCUCGUUUUUCAGAUAAAAAAUUCAACAUUAUCUUGUGUUGUUCUUUUUCUUUUGUGGCGUUCACGUCAAGAAUGUGAAAAUGUUGUUGCAAACAACAUAACAUAACAUAACAUGUCUUGUUCUUGUUGGGUUCCUUCCAUUUCUCACAUUUCAGAUUCCAAAGUUUGAUCCUUUCUCUCAUAAUCUUUCACCCAGAUAAGUUUUUCAUUCAUUUCAAAUUCUGGGUCUUCUUUAAAUUUCUUGUUUUUCUCUUCUUUUCAACAAAUUUUCAAAUCUGAGUUGGGUUGUUCUUGUUCCCUCUCUGAAUUGGGAUUUGUGUCAGAAGAAACAAAUCCUGAUUUGGAGAGAUGGGUAUGUUUCUGUUCAAUGGUUUUGAGCUUGUUUCAUUGUAGCUGCUACUGUUCUAUGUCAUUUUGGUUAUGUUGUUCUUGUAUACAACUUUGAGGUUUUGAGCUUGUUUCAUAGUAAAUUGUCUUUUCUUCUUGAAAACCUUUGUGUUUGGUUUUUGAUUGGUUGUUUUUUGUAUGCAAAAGGAAAAAAAAAGUGUUUUUUUUUUUUUCUUCUUAUGUGUUUGAGUUGAGUUGAUUGAAGUAUUGAACUGUGAGUGUUGUGAAUUAGGAGGGUUUGUAAUAUAUUGUAUUGGAUUGAAUUAGUGUGUUUACUAUUUGAUUGUUGGGUUGAAAAUGGGGAAGAAAAAGAAGCAAGUAGGAGAAACAAGUGAAGAAAAUGGGAAUCAUAGUAACGACGGUGAUAAAAGUCCGAAUGCGUAUGAUAAUGAUACUUUGUUGUUUAUUGCCAAGGCUCAAGAGUUGAAGGAAGAAGGUAAUAAGAUGUUUCAAAAGAGGGAUCUUCGAGGAGCUAUGGUAAGGUAUGAAAAAGCGCUCAAAUUGCUUCCGAGAGAUCAUAUAGAUGUGUCGUAUGUGCGGAGUAAUAUGGCUGCGUGCUAUAUGCAGAUGGGACUUGGUGAGUACCCUAGGGCGAUUAAUGAAUGCAAUUUGGCUCUUGAAGUUACUCCGAAAUACGGUAAAGCUUUGUUGAAGAGAGCGAGGUGUUACGAGGCUUUGAAUAGAUUGGAUUUAGCAUUGAGAGAUGUUAGUACUGUUUUGAAGAUAGAGCCGAAUAAUAUCAUGGCGUUGGAGAUCUCAGAUAAGGUGAAAAGUGCACUUGAAGAUAGAGGGUUAAGAGUAAAUGAUGAGAAAAUUGAGUUGCCUCCGGAUUAUGUCGAACCAUCUUUUGAUGUGCCUUCCGAAAAGGCGAAAGAAAAGAAACAGAAGAAAAAGAGCAAAAAAGAGAAGGUGAAGGCUUCUGAUGAAAUUGUAGAGAAGCAAGCUGAGGAGAAACUAGAAGAGAAGAAAGAGGAGGACAACAUUGCACCAAAUAAGGCUGAGGACGAUCAUCUUAAAGAGAAAAAGAGUAAUAAAUCGAAAAAGAAGGCAGCCAAGGAAAAAAUUGAUAAGCAGAAAGAGGAUGUUAAGGAGGUCAAUGAAGAAAAAAGUAAUGGUAGAAGCGUAGAUGUACCUAAGAAAACAGCAAAACUUGUUUUUGGUGAUGAUAUAAGAUGGGCUCAAUUGCCGAUUAAUUGCAGCCUUUUUCAGCUAAGAGAAGUUAUUUGUGACAGGUUCCCAAGCCUAGGAGCAGUUCUUGUCAAAUAUAGAGAUCAAGAAGGCGACUUGAUCACAAUCACUUCGGAUGAAGAAUUGAAGUGGGCUGAAACAGGAUCACAGGGUUCUAUUCGACUGUAUAUAGUAGAAGCUAAUCCUAAUCACGAUCCAUUCUAUGAGAAACUUCAUCUGAAUUAUGUGGAAAAGGUUGAAAUGGAUAAUGCUCCUAAGAGCGGUAGUGUGGUGAAAUCGAAGGAAAUUGUUAGCUCAUCUUGCGUUGAGGAUUGGAUAAUAAAGUUCGCAGAUUUGUUUAAAAAUCAUGUUGGGUUUGAAUCCGACAGAUACUUAGAUUUUCAUGAACUUGGGAUGAAGCUCUAUUCAGAGGCUGUGGAAGAGACGGUUACAAGUGAAGAAGCGCAAGGCCUAUUUGACAUGGCAGGAGGUAAGUUCCAAGAGAUGACAGCUCUAGCAUUGUUCAAUUGGGGAAAUGUGCAUAUGUCUAGGGCAAGGAAGAAAGUGUAUUUAACCGAAGAAGAUUCUUCUAAAGAGCAUAUGUGUGAACAAAUUAAAAGUUCGUAUGAAUGGGCGCAGAAAGAAUAUGCAAAAGCUGGAGAAAAAUUUGAAGCAGCCAUUAAAAUUAAGUCAGAUUUUUACGAAGGCUUUCUUGCUCUUGGUCAGCAGCGGUUCGAACAAGCGAAACUUUCCUGGUAUUAUGCACUCAGUAGUAAUAUAGAUUUACCAACAUGGCCCUCCACAGAGGUUCUUCAUCUUUACAACAAUGCUGAGGAGAAUAUGGAAAAAGGAAUGCUGAUAUGGGAAGAAUCACAAGAGCAGCAGCUCAAUGAAACCUCCACUACCGGGUUGGAUGGGUUAUUUGAAAAUAUGUCAUCAGAUGAAACUGCUGUGCUGGCGGCAAACAUGAGGUCACAGAUAAAUCUCUUGUGGGGUACUAUGCUGUAUGAACGCUCACUUGUGGAAUUCAAAUUAGGGCUACCCGUAUGGCAUGAAUCAUUGGAAACUGCGAUUGAGAAGUUUGAACAUGCAGGAGCUUCUCCAACAGAUGUAGCUGUAAUGUUGAAAAACCACUGUUCAAAUAACACUGCUGUAGAUGGUCUAGGUUUCAAAAUUGAUGAAAUAGUACAGGCAUGGAAUGAGAUGUAUGAAGCUAAAAAGUUGCAGAAAGGAGUUUCAUCCUUUCGUUUGGAACCCUUGUUCAGAAGAAGGGUAUCGAAGAUUUACCAUGCCUUUGAGCUUGUAUGAGUUGCUUCCUUUUCUUCAAGUUGUUGAAGAAUCAUAGAGCCAGCACUCACAUAGGUUGCUUCUGUGCCUGAAUUGCUAUUGUCAUCAUAAGGUUUGUUUUGCUAUUUUCUGGAGUUCGGUUUCUAGUUCAACAUUGUAGUAAUAGAAAAGAAGAAAGGGAAAAAAAAAACAUAUUCUUUGCAUUGUGAUUGCUUAGUUGUUCCAAGAAUGUAGGAGAUUGCAAGUUCGUUUUACAGGUUGGGAAGAUAGAGAUGCAGGAAUUGCUUUUAACUGAAUUUGUCAUUGCUCAUAUUGCCUUCCCUUUAUGGUUAGGUUUAGGAUUAAUUUGAGUUUAUACAGAAAACAUUGGGAGAUAUAUAUUAGAAUGCUUGUUUUUUCCUUGUUCUGUAAUUUAUCCAUUGUAAACUACUUGUUGAGUUAGUGUUGAUUCAUGAGAUUUCCUUGUACUAGAUUAUUGAACUUACCAAUCUAAUUUUAUUUAAAGAAA